CAGCAAGUGUGAAAUGUUAACCGUUGCAUUUAUUUAAGAACGGAGGAACUAGAUAGAUAGGGCACUAUGCCCUCUCGAGACUAGGGCAGCUAUCUAAAUGACUUAAGGUUAUGUUUGGCUAAAGUACAAGAAGACCUUCUCUCAUUUGGGUGGGUAGUAUAAAAACGUUCGACGCAAGAAAUGGCUACCAAACGCAGCUUUAACCAAACAAUGUCAUCUUCAAGGUUCAAUUUCAUCGACUAACUGGUCCCAUUCCUUGGCCUCCUUGAUUCUUUCCAUUACUCCUUCAACCGCCACAUCAAACGCAUCUUUCACAUUCUUCAGUCCUCUUCCCGUCCUUGCGUACAUCAAUUUCGGCAUCGUCUCCACCACUUUCUCCCUCAUUUUCCCGAUCUCCUCUCUGCUAUACUUCUCAAGGAUUCCUCUGAUGGAUGCCGACCCGUUCCUCACUGCAUUGGGAUCUAUGAAGACAGAGUAGCUCUCUGGAUCCUCCGGUAAGAACCACCGGUACUGUUCGUGAGCCGUCUCCCGCCAGAAAAACACCGGAAUCGAACCGGAGAUCAUACAAUCGAACACCGACCGCCGCGUUUUGCUGUCCCCUGCGGGUUGGAGGCAGAAAUCGGAGCUCAGGAAGGCGUCCUGGAUUGCGUAAGGGUAGACGUAGCACUGAGUCACCGCGCAAUCGACGAUUCGGCUCACGUCGGACUCGUUCCGGCAGUACUGCAUCAGGAGGUUUCUGAAGUCUCCCUUGACGUUGUCGCGCGCGGCUCCGAUGAAGGAGAACAGGCUGGUGCGGUUGCGCGUGACCACGUACCGCUGCCACUGGCGGAGCUGGGAUUCGGUGCUCGGGUGGAAUCCGGUGGGGUAAGGCACGCUGACGUCGUAUGUGUCCCACGCGGCCGAUUCGUGAGUGAAGCGCGUGACGUUCUCCAUCUCCGGCAGGUUGAGGAGGGCGGAUCCCCAUUUCUUCAUGGCAUCCCCUAAUCGCCGGAAGUCCCACGUGAUCCGUCCGAUCGUGAGGAAAUGAUCUGAUCCUUUGGAUUUCUGCCAGUAGGUUUGAUUCUGGACCCACUUGAGCAUCAUAUAACAAUGCCAAUCACGCUUUUCGAUAUCAUCGCUCAACAAAUACUUCCCAACCGCGAGUCCAGCAUAGAAAGGGAUGUAGAACGCCGUGGCCGAUUCCGGCUCCAUCGUUCUACACCGGUAGUUCAGGAGCCGGUGGUGAUAAAUCACAUCCGCCGAGAACUGAUUCGUCUGGUACCACGCCGUCGCGACAUUUUUCGGUAAGAUUCCGGUCAACUCCCUCUUCCUCUUUCCGUAUCCGCCGUUGAUAUUGCCAAUCCCACACUGCCAAUCCCACGGUUCCAGAUCCGUGCAAUUCUUCAAAAUUAAGUCCCUGUUAAGCAUGGGUGGCAGGUCGUAGACGUAAACCCUACCAUGCUCACAGUCAUCGACAUUCGGCGGCUGAGAUGCGGUGUCUCCGACGCGUGCGGUGGCCGGAAUAGGGACUGUCUGGGUGGGGGAAAGGGGCUGAGCAUGAGGAUGAGCGUCCGACGAGAGCGGUGAAUUCCGGCUAUAGAAAACGACGAUAACUUGGAUGAAGAGAAAGGUGGAGAAUAGCCAGAAACAAGGGUUCCGUGAGAUUUGGGAAUGGAAGUUGAAGUUUUUGGGUUUUUGCGUGGUUUGAAGAUCCGAGGAAGAAUGGGAAAGCAUUUUUAGGAUCCUCCGAGUUUAAUCGAUUCCAAAAAAUGGAAAAAGAUUACGGACGAGCGAGAAGGAAAUGAAGAAGAUUACCAAGCACAAUAGAAAAGUUAUUCAUUUCUGGGUCAAUUCGAGAUUGCCGCCUCCGACAGGAGUUCUACUUUUCUCCCUUUCCGUCAUUCUUUCCAUCAUUCUAGCGCGCAAUGUCGAUACGGAAUAUCACACAAGACUUUCUGUACGUAACCAGUUAACUUUAGCUUUCACUUUAGGGGAGAACUAUGGUACCUUUGAAAAAUAUGCGGGUACAGUACCUGAACAAAUGGAUGAAUAAUGUGGUGCCAUGUGGUCUCCAUUUACACGUAAGAAGCCAAGAAGGCACAUCCGACAUCCCCAAGCCGCUUCACCACCAAACCCGUAGAAGCCACAUCGGCAAUAGUAGGCUGCAAAUGUCUCUUGAAUUGAUAUUUCUCGUUUAGAAUGGUAGUUUCAUGGGCGGGUGGAGCAACUUCAUUAUCCAUUCCGGCUUCAUUCGACCGACUAGGGCAUGUGAGGUGAUAAGUCCGUAUUUAGACACGCAUUUGAUGCGUGUCCGGGUUGGAUUUUGAUGAUUUUCCUAGCUUUAAGGCGUUGCAAGUCUCAAUUUUGGCUCAAGUUGUGUUUAGCAGGCGUUGGAUCGAGUUUCAUUGCAUUUGGAGUUGAUUUGAAGAAGUUAGAGUCCGGCAAUCGGCGCUUGAGAAGCAAUCGGGCAGAGUUUGGAAGCAUUCGAAGAAGAUUUGAGAGAUUUGGAGGCCACCGGGAGAUUCACGAUGAUGUUUUGAUGAAGAAAGAGCUAUUGGAUCGAUCGAGUAGUCAAACGGAGGCUUAAAACGGAAGAAAUCGAAGAAAAUGAAGAAGAAAGGCCACGCACGGCCGUGCGUACAGGGACGCACGGCGUGCGUGCGUGGCAGUAGCGGCCAAGGAAAGUAAUGAGCAACGCACGGCCGUGCGUCCGGGUACGCACGCCGUGCGUUCAAGGCGAUAAAACGACGAAAGGCUACUGGCAGCAACGCACGGCCGUGCGUCCGGGUACGCACUCCGUGCGUUCAAGGCAUUAAAAUGGCGAAAGGCUACUGGCAGCUACGCACGGACGUGCGUAGGGGAACGCACUCCGUGCGUUGCCUAUUUUCACGCGCAGGUCCGUCGGACGCACGGCAGCAACGCACGCCGUGCGUAGGCUCCGUGCGUACCGCGGAUCUGUCCUUUUUCGACCCAAACUCAUUGUUUUCUAUAAAUUAAGCCUCCCUAACCCCGUUUUGAGGGGGGGGAAACCUAGAGAGAAGCUUAGGGACGUGUUUUACAGUGUUUUUCCGCUAUUUUGUUCAAGACCCUGAGAUUCUUUGUAAGUUUCAUCUUUUUAAUUAAUGACAAUUAUUUCUAUUCAUCCCAAUUCUAUUGAUUCUUCAAUUAUGAAUUGUGAGUAGUUUAAUUAGGGAUUUGGGGUUGAUGAAGGGGUUAAUCAUGAUGUAUGGCUAGAUUCUUGUCGGUCUAAUUGCAUGAAUGCCGUUUAAUUUGUGUUUGAAUAAUUUAACUGAUAUCUCUUGUAACCUAGAUGGCCACUAGAAUUACAAUUGCAUGUAGAAUAAAUUAAGAGAGAUCUAAUUUGUUCUAGGACACAUUCACACACACUUAAUCGUUCGCUAAGAGAUUAGUAGCGAUUAAGGGGCCGUAAGCUCGCUCGUCUUGGCAAUAAUUUAGGAUCCUGUCGCAUGAAAGAUCAGCCUGGUCCCCUAAAUUAUUGUACUCUACGCCGCGAGAGCGGUAAGAACUUAGUAAUGAUUAGCUAGGCUCAAUUAAAUUAAUUUCAUGUAAUUAGGCCUGAUCUGCCAGAAAUCUGGUUACCCCGGAAUCGAUCCCUGUUCCCUUUGUCAUUAAUUAGAAAGAACCCCUUAGGUUAAUUGUUCACAUUAGUUUAAUUUAAUUUUUAUUCAAUCAAUCAAUCUCGCACACUUGCAUUUUAUUUUAUUUUAUUUUUAUUCGCUGAAUUUAGUUAAUCUUUAAUUCCCUUUUGUCCGUCCCUGUGGAGACGAUACUCGUACUUUCACCCACUUUACUACAUCAUUUUUAAGUGCGAGAAAACUCACAUCAGUUUUUGGCGCCGUUGCCGGGGACGGUGUCGGUUUUAAGGGUUAAUUAAUUUCAGUGAGAUUUUUUUUUAGUUAGUUUUCUUUUAGUUUUUCCGUAGGAUUUUUCUGUGCUAACCUUUCAGGUAUUUUUUCUAAGAGGCAUGAGAUGAACCUAUUCAGCCAAAUUCCUGGAGGAAUUCCUUACCCUCAAACCUCCAUGGAAUAUUCAACAUAUACACCAUACCCUCCUUACACUCCUCCUCCUCCUCCUCCUCAAUAUUACACAUCUCAUCAAAAUUCUUCUCCUACACCACAAAAUUUCCCAUCUUCCUAUUCUUACCCUCUUCCAAAUACGCAAUACUCUCAAUCUCAUUCUCCGAAUCAAUAUCCUUAUCCACAAUAUCCUCGGACAAAACCAGGCUCCAUUAUGGAAUUUCUCAUUCAAACUAAAAGUCCCGAGGAAUUGGUUGAUUACUUUCCUAAGAAUAGCAUUUGUAACUUUUGUGGAGGUGGUCACCAUUCAUGUCUUUGCCCCAUUCCUCCAUACGACCAUCCUUACUGGGCAACUGCAUACCCCACUUCGUCCUCCCCACAACUCACAAAGACAAAUGUUUCAAUCACUCCUACGUCUUUGCCGAGCUAUGCGCCACAGGAAUCAGACGACGAAUGGGAAGAGAUAAUUUCAGAGAAGCUGUCUGACCUGGAAGAAACACUCAAGAAAUUAUUACAGCAACAAAUGCAAAUUCAACAGCAACAAAUCCAAAUUCAACAGCAAGCAGACUCAAGGAUGCAAAACAUGGAGAAUCAAUUGGGGCAGAUUGCAAAGGCUUUAUCUGAGGAGUCCGAUAGAUCCCAUCCUAGCGACACAGAAGCCCAACCCGAGGAGACCAAUAUGGAUGAUCACGUGAGCGAGUCAGACUAUGAUGGUGUGAAUAUGAUGGAUGAUACACUUCCUGAUGUUUUUGAAGACCCUGAUGAGAACGGUGUUAACGAGAGUUGGGAUGCCUUCAUGGGGAGUGAUACAGAGUCUGGAGGAGAGGUUGUGAAUGUUCAUGAUAUUUGUGAGGAAGAAGAAGACUUUUGUAUGGUGCAAUUUGAUUACGGUGUUGCUCCUACUCCUUGCUUUGAGACAUCUUUUGAGCUUCCGGUGAUACCUAGAGUAAUCAAAGUGUUCACUCAUGUUUUCUGUCCAACUGAAGAGGAUGAGAGUUUCAUACUUCACUUCUGUGCUGAUGAGGGUUAUGAAGACCAUGUGCUGCCUUCGUGGGCUGACGAAUUUAAAGAUCUGCGCCACUUAAUGACAUUUGUUGAGAGGAAGCUGGAGACGUUGACUAUAAGUGCACCACUACAGUCUUUGCUAUUGGAGAGUCUAUGGGGUAGUUGUGUCGGGCAAACGACGUUAAAAAUAACGCUUCUCGGGAGGCAACCCGAGCUUUUUUUUCUGCUUUUGUUUUUGCUUUGUUUGUUGUUUGGUUGUUUUGCUUUGUGUUUUUGUUGCAGCUCAGGGUCUUGUUAUUUGGGUGAUGUGCCAAGGAUUACAUUGACUCAGUUUAGUUCUGCAUCGACCAGCGCCAUAGGGAAGUUUCUUUGACUCUUUUACUCGCUUGUUGUAAUAAUGACUUGAGUUAAGUUGAGCACGUGUGACCCUUUCCUCUUUACCCCUUGUACAUAAUGCAUAUUUGGUCAUCGAGGACGAUGCCAAAGUUUAAGUGUGGGGGAGUGAAUUGGGCAUUCGGGCAGUGGUUGUUACAUGAGAUUUAUUAGAGUUAGCAUGCGCAGGUGUUAGUUGUAUAUUCAUAGGAAAUUCAUGCAAAAUUUUUGAAAUUUUUUCUUUAAACUGUGUCUUUGUGAGCUGGCUAGCAUUUUGACUAUACUUUUAGAGCAACCUUGAAGUGUUUAGGCUUAAAUUGCUUGCACUAUAAUCUAGUUGUUGAAAGGAUGAAGGCAUUAGUCACCCAUUGAAUUAAUCCAUAAAUCAUCCACCCCACCUGAAAAAGUCCUUUAGGAAAAGCCAUUUUGAGCCGACCAUUCUUUGUUUACCCAAUUAAUUUAGCUCCAUAGCCAAAUGGCCUGUGUUCCUUACCCGUGAAUAUUUCUGACUUAGUCUUGAUGUUUAGGGAAUUAAGGGAUUAAUUUGCCAAGUUUAGGGAAUUUUGUGUAGGAGCCAUUUUUGGCACUGUUCCUAUGCCCCAAAUGGGGUAAGAGCAGUCACUUUUUAGGAAUUUGAUACUUUCGAGGAUUGCAUUGUAGGCAUGGAUUCACUUUUAAAUUAAUGAACUUAAAAUUGCUAUUUUUCCUUGGUGAGGCCGAGAUUAGAAUGGGGUAAUGUCUAGUGAGAAUCUGAAAGAUGAAAAAUUAAUAUAGCUAGACCUCUUGCCUUACGAAAAAGAGAAUGGGAGCCCCGGUCAAAAAGCGUAAGAUGAGACUUGGGUAUCUUUCGAAAGAAACGGCGUUCUCGUGCCAACAUGACAAGGGAAACUGAAUUUAAUUAAUAAACUUGGAGGCUAUCUCAAAAUUUAGUUUUAGUCCUCCGCGUACUUCAAGUAUACGUCAAAGCACAAAUGUGCCGAGACGGUUUAGCUUAGUUGUACACCAUGUCUACUCUUUGCAUAGGUUUAAAUGAUUGUUCCUAAUUUGUGGCCUACUGAGUUCCUUGUUCCUAGGAAUAGCCCUGAAGUUCCUGAAUGCAUUGAGUCUUUGUUAGAAUAUUCCGAUCUCUCAAAAUAAAUGGACUAUCAUUAUUAUCCAUUCACCAUCACAUUCACAAAUCCUUCUGAUCAGUAGCUAGCAUAUUUGUGUAGGCUGUCAUUACUUUGAGGAUGUUGUGAAUAAUUGUGUCAAAUAGUUUAGCUUGAGUAUAAAGGUGUAGUUUAGGGAAGAAUUUUCUUGGUUUAGAUUGGCUGUCCUGUGAAUAUCACUUUAACUAUGUGUGUAUGCUAACUAUUUGAAAUUUCGUGUGGUGAUUAUCGUAAGUCCCGUGGUUCGAUUUGCUUGAGGACAAGCAAAAGCUUAAGUGUGGGGGAGUCUGAUAAGUCCGUAUUUAGACACGCAUUUGAUGCGUGUCCGGGUUGGAUUUUGAUGAUUUUCCUAGCUUUAAGGCGUUGCAAGUCUCAAUUUUGGCUCAAGUUGUGUUUAGCAGGCGUUGGAUCGAGUUUCAUUGCAUUUGGAGUUGAUUUGAAGAAGUUAGAGUCCGGCAAUCGGCGCUUGAGAAGCAAUCGGGCAGAGUUUGGAAGCAUUCGAAGAAGAUUUGAGAGAUUUGGAGGCCACCGGGAGAUUCACGAUGAUGUUUUGAUGAAGAAAGAGCUAUUGGAUCGAUCGAGUAGUCAAACAGAGGCUUAAAACGGAAGAAAUCGAAGAAAAUGAAGAAGAAAGGCCACGCACGGCCGUGCGUACAGGGACGCACGGCGUGCGUGCGUGGCAGUAGCGGCCAAGGAAAGUAAUGAGCAACGCACGGCCGUGCGUCCGGGUACGCACGCCGUGCGUUCAAGGCGAUAAAACGACGAAAGGCUACUGGCAGCAACGCACGGCCGUGCGUCCGGGUACGCACUCCGUGCGUUCAAGGCAUUAAAAUGGCGAAAGGCUACUGGCAGCUACGCACGGACGUGCGUAGGGGAACGCACUCCGUGCGUUGCCUAUUUUCACGCGCAGGUCCGUCGGACGCACGGCAGCAACGCACGCCGUGCGUAGGCUCCGUGCGUACCGCGGAUCUGUCCUUUUUCGACCCAAACUCAUUGUUUUCUAUAAAUUAAGCCUCCCUAACCCCGUUUUGAGGGGGGGAAACCUAGAGAGAAGCUUAGGGACGUGUUUUACAGUGUUUUUCCGCUAUUUUGUUCAAGACCC